AUGUCAGUCCUGUCUGCCGACAUUCACGCUGAGCUGGCGCAGCUGCUCCAGGGCCUCCAGUCCGCCGACAACUCCAUCCGGUCGAGAGCAGAAGUGCACCUUCAGAACAACUGGACUGCCACGCGCCCAGAGAUACUUCUCAUGGGCCUUGCCGAACAAAUCCAGGGCGCUGGAGACGAACAGACACGAUCGUUUGCCGCUCUGCUGUUCCGACGAGUCUCUUGCAAAAACCGAAAACUCGAUAAUGGCCAGACUGUUGAUCUAUUCCUCGCCAUCUCCAAAGACCAGGCUGCCGUAAUCCGCCAAAAGCUACUGGAAACACUCGGCACCGAGACGGACAGAGCCGUACGCAACAAGAUUGGCGAUGCAGUUGCCGAGAUUGCGCGCCAAUACAACGAGAAUGAGGACCGUUGGACAGAAGUACUUCAGGCUCUAUUCCAGCUCGCACAGGCACCCGAGGCCGAUAAACGCGAGACGGCUUACCGUGUGUUUGCCACUACUCCUGACGUUAUCGGCAAAGAUCAGGCCGAUGCUGUUCUCCUUGCCUUCCAGAAAGGAUUCAAAGAUGAUGCUGUCAACGUCCGCCUCUCUGCAAUGGCUGCUUUCGCCGCUUUCUUCAAAACCAUCGACAAGAAGAGCCGAACAAAGUAUUUUGCCUUGAUACCAGAUGUCCUAAACAUCCUCCCGCCGGUGAAAGACUCCCAAGACUCCGACCAUCUCAGCAAAGCUCUCGUCGCGCUCAUCGAACUGGCCGAGAUUGCCCCCAAAAUGUUCAAGCAGCUUUUCCAAAACCUUGUUCAGUUUUGCGUAUCUGUUAUCCAGGAUAAAGAACUUGAAGACGUCUGCCGACAGAAUGCUCUAGAGCUCAUGGCGACAUUUGCCGAAUACGCCCCCUCCAUGUGUCGAAAGGACCCCUCGUUCACGUCUGACAUGAUUACCCAGUGUCUCAGCUUGAUGACUGAGAUCGGUGAAGACGAUGACGACGCAGCGGAGUGGCUUGCAUCUGACGAUCUGGAUCAGGACGAAAGCGAUCAAAACCACGUGGCUGGAGAGCAAGCAAUGGACCGACUUGCCAACAAACUCGGUGGCCAAAGCAUUCUUGCGCCCACCUUCAAUUGGCUACCUCGUAUGAUGCAGUCUGGUUGGAAAGACAGACAUGCUGCUUUGAUGGCUAUCUCGGCCAUUUCUGAAGGCUGUCGUGAUCUCAUGGUCGGCGAACUGAACCAAGUGCUGGAUCUUGUCAUUCCCGCGUUGCAGCACCCGCACCCCCGCGUUCGAUGGGCCGGCUGCAACGCUCUUGGCCAGAUGAGCACAGAUUUCGCCCCCACAAUGCAAAGCGAAUACUAUGAUCGUGUACUGAAAGCUAUCAUCCCGGUUCUGGACUCUCCUGAGCCCAGGGUUAAGUCUCAUGGUGCUGCCGCCCUGGUCAACUUCUGUGAAGAGGCCGAGAAAUCCACCCUAGAGCCAUACCUGGAUGAUCUGCUGUCUCAUCUUUUUAACCUCCUUCAAAGCGAAAUGAGAUAUGUGCAGGAGCAGGCUCUUUCCACUAUCGCGACUAUUGCCGAUGCCGCUGAGGCUGCAUUCUCCAAGUACUAUGACACUUUGAUGCCGCUCUUGGUAAAUGUGUUGCAGAACCAAAGCGAAAAGGAAUACCGCUUGCUGCGCGCCAAGGCUAUGGAGUGUGCCACAUUGAUUGCGAUUGCUGUUGGAAAGGAGCGGCUUGGCCAGGACGCUAUGACUCUAGUCAACCUUCUCGCUAAUAUCCAAGCCAGUAUCACUGAUGCAGACGACCCUCAGGCGCAGUACCUGAUGCACUGCUGGGGACGUAUGUGCCGUGUUCUCGGCUCCGACUUCGUGCCUUUCAUGGGCAGCGUCAUGCCCCCCCUUCUGGAGCAGGCGUCGGCCAAGGCUGACAUUCAGCUGCUGAGCGAUGACGAGGAGGCUGAGGCUUUGCAGGGUGAAGAAGGUUGGGAGUUUGUUCCUGUCAAGGGCAAAAUGAUUGGCAUUAGAACAAGCACCAUGGAGGAUAAGCACAUCGCGAUCGAACUGCUUGUCGUAUACGCGCAGGUACUCGAGGGAGCCUUUGCCCCGUACGUCGCCAACAUCAUGGAGACGAUUGCGCUCCCCGGCUUGGCCUUUUUCUUCCACGAUCCAGUCAGAUAUAUGUCAGCAAAGCUGGUACCUCAGCUGCUGAGCUGUUAUAAGAAGGCGUACGGAAGCCCGUCCAAUGAACUAGCCGGCUUGUGGAACGCGAGUGUGGAGAAACUGAUCGAGGUUCUCGCCGCCGAGCCUGCUAUUGAUACACUAGCUGAGAUGUACCAGUGCUUCUAUGAGUCCGUCGAGGUGGCGGGCAAAGACUGCCUCAGAGCUGAUCACAUGACCAAGUUCAUGGAUGCCGUUCACUCAACGAUUGUUGACUACAAGGAGCGCGUUGCCCAACGAGCGGAGGAGAGAGAGGGUGCCACAGCAGAUGACGUGGAAGAUGAUGCAGAGGAGAUCCUCAUUGCCAUUGAAGAUGAUCAAACGCUCUUGUCCGACAUGAACAAGGCGUUCCACUCCAUCUUUAAGAACCAUGGUGCCACUUUCCUUCCUACAUGGGAAAAGCUUUUGCCCACGUAUGAAGGAUUCUUGACGUCUCCUGACCCUACUCAGCGCCAGUGGGGCCUGUGCAUAAUGGACGACGUGCUCGAGUACUGCGGUCCCGAAAGCAUGAGAUAUGCCAACUAUAUUUCACAACCACUCAUUGAUGGAUGCCAGAAUCCCUCGCCUGCUGUCAGACAAGCGGCAGCCUAUGGAAUUGGCGUCGCUGCUCACCGUGGAGGCGCUGCCUGGUCUCAAUUCCUGGGUGGUGCUCUGCCAAUCCUUUUCCAGGCUACACAGAUUCCCGAUGCACGAAAUGACGAUAAUGUAUAUGCCACAGAAAAUGCCUGUGCGUCGAUUGCCAAAAUUCUGCACUACAAUGCCAGUAGUGUUGGCGAUGUGCAGGCUGUCAUCACCCAGUGGAUUGAGACACUGCCAAUUACCAACGACGAGGAGGCUGCGCCGUAUGCAUAUGCUUACCUUGCAGAGCUUAUUGACCAGGGCAACCCGAUUGUCAUGAACCAAGCAUCCAAGCUUUUUGUUUUCAUCGCGCAGGCUCUCGAGGCCGAAUCGUUGCGCGGUCAGACCGCCAACAGAGUCGCUACAGCGACAAAGACGAUGCUCACAGCUGCCAACGUUGACCCCAUGCCACUGUUGCAGCAGUUUUCCCAGGAUGCCCAACGCACGAUCAUGGGCUUCUUCGGCUAG